CAGUUCAUUGGAUCAUAUUUCACAUAUGCCUAUCACAUUGUUUAUUGUUUCGACCUUAUUAAUCCACUGAAGGAAAUAAGUCUCAUAAUAAGCCAAAAGAACGGGCCUAUUUACAUGAGAGAAGUGGGGCGUAAGCGCCUUGAACCCAAGGUUGGGCAAGGUCCACGCCCAUGAAUUCACACAGGUCAAUUCUGAUAGGUCAUGGUGUAAACCCUACAUGACGCAAUUCACACCAGUCAGCUCCUCAAAUAAGUCGCAAAGGCAAUUUUUGGGCAAACCGCCAAGUCACCACAUCUACACAUGACCGACUCAGCCUGAAGACCUGUUCACAAGUGUGCUGGAUAAACUUCACAGGGCACAACAAUCAUGACUUUCCUGAAGGAUUGUGAUUACGAGGUGGACGUCGUAGGAGAGGAGGACGAAGGCCGGUGUGACGACCGAGACGCAUGCAGCGGCACCGAGCACGCAUCCUCCAGUGACCUCGACACAUCUGGCGAGAGCGAGGAGGGCGAGCUGAGCACGGAGGGUCCUUCGCCCGGCAGACCGGCAGGCGGUGCCAUCAAGCCGCCCUACUCUUACAUCGCCCUCAUCACCAUGGCCAUCCUCCAGAGCCCUACGAAGAAGCUCACCCUGAGUGCCAUAUGCGACUUCAUCAGCAACAAGUUCCCCUACUACAAGGAAAAGUUCCCCGCCUGGCAGAACUCCAUCCGGCAUAAUUUGUCGCUCAACGACUGCUUCGUGAAGAUACCCAGAGAACCUGGAAACCCGGGUAAGGGCAACUAUUGGUCACUGGACCCAGCGUCUCAAGACAUGUUUGACAACGGCAGCUUCCUUCGCCGGAGGAAAAGAUACAAGAGAAACAUCCCGGAGUAUGCAAAGGACGCUGUUAUGUUCUACCCAGAACAUGCGCUUCACGGGAGACCUUACUUUGUGCCCAACUAUUUGCCGAGACAGGCGGCUCCCCUUGGAUUUUUACCUGCUCAGGACAAUGUGUUAUUAACCUCUCCCUAUUACUACCAUCAGAAUAUCAAUAAAUGGCCGGGGACAAAGCCGCUGGAUGGGAAACACUGCGUAAACCCAGCGGAGAGACCUCCUCGGCCGCAUUGUGAUAAACCAAAGGGGUCUUUCAGUAUAGAACGAAUCAUGAGCCACACACCUGCGCCCAUGACCAACUGGGGGUUACAGAACGCAGCCGUUUCCGUCCAUGUCCCUGGUGCUCCAGCUGUUCCAGCAUCCGCACUUUACCCAGCCUCCCUAAUAAGAGCUUUACCGCUGUGAACGGUGAACCAGCCCUGGACGUGUUGAACUUUUCUAAGGAUGGCCUGCUGUAUUCAUUCCGAUAUCCUGUGAACUUUUUUGUGCCGACUUUGAACUGGACCGAGGUUGUUGUCGAGUAUGGGGUGGCUUGUUAUUGUAUUGAGAACGUGGUUAUUAAUGUGUUGUGCUUCAUUGUAAUAUAAAUGUGUAAAGUAAUAAUAAUAUAUUUUUUCCGAUGACUUUUGA